CUAGUGUGGAUCCAUGUUUCAGCAUUUUGUCUGAUUUAUGCCAUAAUUUAGUGAAAGAUCAAAAAAGGGAUAGGCUUAUCGCCUUAUCCAGCUACAAUGUCUAUGGCACCACAAAAAUUACGCUCCAAAUCUCUCCUAGGAAAGCCCAGUUUGCCACGUGUCCAGCUAAAGAUCCACGCAAAAAUAUCAAAAGGCCCCAACUCCCAUGUUCGCUGCUGAAACGCACGAAGAAUUCAGCUGGCUAGCAACCAAAACCAAGGCUAUGGCAUCUCUCGCAACCUUUGCUGCUGUGCAACCUGCCACCGUCAAGGACCUUGGUGGUAGCUCUCUAAGGGGAACAAAGCUCCAUGUCAAGCCAUCUCGCCAGAGCUUGAGUCCCAAAAACAGGAGGACUGGUGCUGUGGUAGCAAAGUAUGGUGAUAAGAGUGUGUACUUUGAUUUGGAGGAUUUGGGCAACACUACUGGGCAGUGGGACUUGUACGGAUCAGAUGCACCUUCUCCAUACAACCCUCUCCAGAGCAAGUUCUUUGAGACAUUUGCAGCUCCAUUCACCAAGAGAGGGUUGUUACUCAAGUUCUUGAUCUUGGGAGGUGGCUCUACCCUAGCUUACCUAAGUGCUACAGCUUCUGGUGACAUCCUACCAAUCAAGAAGGGCCCUCAACUUCCACCAAAGCUGGGGCCACGUGACAAGAUCUAAUUUGCCCUUUUCUUUGUAUGUAUCUUCUUUUGACUUUGUAAGUUUGUCUAAAGCCUACUUCAGAAUAAAGGCCCCUGUUAUUAACUCAA